AUGGAUGCAGUAUGGUAUAAUCUUGCAGCAUUCAUGCUACCAGCCUUUGUCCAAUUUAACAGAUUUUUAAUUUCGAUUUUAUGUUCGUACAUGAGAGAACACGCUUUCACAAAUGCAAGCAUUGCUGAAAAACAAAUUGAUGGGAUUACUGAAUUACGUGAAUUUGAUGUAUCAUAUCCCUAUUCAUCUAUAAAUCCAAGAUUAACAUUAAGUUCAUUUCCACCAACAUUAGCAUAA